UCACACCCCAAUUCCCCCUUCUUCCCCGUGUCUUCCUCCCCUCAAUACUCUCAAACACUCUUAUUACUUCAACUCCCUCAAUUAUCUGAAACCUUGUAUCCCUUCUCUUCUCUGGAACGAAGGCCACAGACCACCCCCAUGAUACCAUCCUAAACCUCCGUUUAAAUCGUACCUAUAAAACCCUCAAAUUAAGCUUAUACGUGGGCUGGGAAAUCGAAUGGUGGUGCUGCAUGUCCAGUUUGAGGACGGAAUGGAGCUGAACAAGGAGCUUCAUAGUUCUCACCGAAUUCAGGGAGGAACUCAGGUAUCAUCUGUAAAAGUAUGAGUAUGAAACAUAUAAUAGGACCGGUUAUAGCGUUUGAGAUUGAUAUGGAAAAGUCUUGUUAAAAGCUGUUUUGGUUAUCCUUGUGGGUUUCAGGAUAACAGAAUAGAAUAUAGCCUAAUUCUUUUGGGAUUAGAAUUUAGUAUUGAGUUAUAUUUGGACUCAUGAUUCCUUAUGGUUUAUAUAGUUUGAAUCCUAGACGCAUUCUGAUAGGGAAUAGUCGAAGGAACACUAUAUAUAGUUCAAACCGCUGCUCUUGCAAAGGUACGGUUCAUUUAGUCCAAGGCCUAUUGAUUGUAAGAGCCAUUGGUUUUGCAAAAGAGGAGAAGGUUUUGAACACAAGAAGCUGCAAUGGCUUCAUCAUCAGGUCCGAAUUCUGCAGGUAAGUUUUCAAGGUUCCUUGUUCUUGUGUUUACUUGGUUCGUGGUUCUAUGCAAAUUGUGAUUCAAUUAGAUGAACCCAUUUUCCUAGAUGGUAGUUUACAAACUUGUUCCUACAUCAUCGUCAAGCCCUGCAUGUUACGAAUCGACUUGGAAUCUGGUGUUCUGGGGGUAAGCUUCUAAGAUUUUAGUAGGGAAAAUUACUGCAAAUGAGAGAGAUUUGAAGGAUUAAGCCUCUGCAUGUAUUGGUGUUAUUAUUUCCAGAAAACCAGCAGAGGAAAUCCAGUGAAAGUCUUGUCGCAUCGAAGUGAAUUUGACUCGAUUUCAUCUGUUAUGACGCCCUGAGGAAAUUAUCUGAAUGUCUGGUGAAAUUCUAGUGCGAACCCAUGUGAAACCGAGGUGUUUCACCUCUGUGCGUUAUCUGCAAUCAGUUCCAGAAACCAGCGAACCCACACCCACACCAGUGCAACUCCGGUGAAAUCUGAGACAAAUCUACCCUCUUUCAUCUUUAAUCUGUGACUGGGUAAUUCCUAAACCCUUAUUUGGUGUUAUGAGCGAAUUUGGGAUGUAAAUCCAUGUAGGAAAUGAGCUCAUUUUAAUUUCUGUGGAGUUCCGGUUAGUUAACGAUUCUCCGGCGAGCUCCAGCGACGGCGAACAGUGCCACUGUUAACUUUAACAGUGACAGGCGGUGAUUCCUGUUAAAUUUAACGAAAUCUUCAACGGAAAAGGUGUAUAUUCCGUUACUCAUAUUAGGUGUUAGAAUUUGUACAAUGCUAGGGAUUGGAUCCCUCCCUGGGGAUCUUAGGGAUCAACGCACAUGGACUGUAGAUCAAAAAUCGUGUGACCAUAAUUUUUUCCUUUUUUGUAUUUUUCACGCAAAAUGAGGUUACUUUACUUUUUAAAAAUAUAAAAAGCAUUUAAGUUAUUAACUUUUUAACAUACAUAUUCCACCAUUUAUAUAACGACUCGUGGUGUACUACCUAGUGCCUGUCACACUGAAAAUUCUUUCUUAAAGGGGGUCUCUGUUUUUAGCCGUUGGAUCAAAUUUCAAGGACCCCGAUUGGUGGAUGUAGUGGAAAGGGAUCCGAGGAUCCCUUUUUGUUUUCAAGAGCCAUAUUUCUCUUUUGGAUAAUAUUACUAAAUUUAGAGAAAAAAAUUGCAUCAAAGAGACGAUACAUCAAAGAGACGUCUCUCUAGCAUUAACUCUCUCUUUUUGGACCUUUUAAUAUGCAUCAAAGAGACGUAUCCAACUUACUUUGGUUCAAAACGAAGAACCUUCCAAAUUGUCCUGUGUGUAAAGAUGUGACUUGCCUGACAAGGAAUCAACAUCUGCAGUUUCGUGGACUGAUUGUGCACUUAAUCUUCAUACUCCUAUAUAAUUGGCUUCUACAUUUUCUCCUAAAUAUUCAAACACAUUUCCUAGCAAGGCUUCUAAUUUAGAGCAGAAAAUGGAGAAAGGACAACUGAGAGCCUACAAGGCUCACUGCUUGAUCUUACCCUAUCCGAGCCAAGGCCACAUGAAUCCGAUGCUCCAAUUUGCCAAGCUUCUAGAUCACAAAGGAGUGAGAGUCACACUCGUGACGACUCGCUUUCUCUACAAGACAAUGCACAGCUCAGCAUUGAGCAGCACAGCUUGGGAGACCAUCUCCGAUGGCUUCGAUGAUGCUGGACAAGGGGACACAAACACAGACAUCUAUUUGGGGAGGUUCUGGCAAGUGGGGUCAAAAACUUUGGCCGAGCUUCUUGAGAAGCUUUCGAACUCAGGGUCCCCCGUGGAUUGUGUUGUCUAUGAUGCAUUCAUGCCUUGGCCCUUGGAUGUCGCCAAGAAGCUUGGAAUAGCGGGGGCAGUUUUCUUCACACAGUCUUGUGCUGUUGACAAUGUCUACUACCAUGUCCACAGAGGGCUGUUGAAGCUUCCUCUUGCUGAUGGUCAGUCUCAAAUUUCACUUCCUGGGUUGCCAGCGCUUGGUCCUUUGGACUUGCCAUCGUUUGUCUACGAUUGUAGAUCUUACCCAGCUUUCUACAGAAUGCUUGUGGGUCAGUUCUCGAAUGUCGACAAAGCUGAUUGGGUCCUGUGCAACACAUUUUAUGAGUUGGAAGAACAAGUGGUGGAUUGGAUGGCUAAGCUUUGGCGAUUGAGGACCGUUGGACCAACUAUACCGUCCAACUACUUGAAUAAGAGACUCAAAGGUGACAAAGAGUACAAUGUCAACUUCUUCGAAUCCGACAAUGAUGCCUGCAUAAAAUGGCUAAACAAGAGGCCAAAAGGUUCCAUUGCUUAUGCAUCGUUUGGCAGCAUAGCGAAACUCGAAGAUGAACAAAUGGAGGAGCUGGCUUGGGGCUUGAGGAGGUGCAAAAGUGGUUUCUUGUGGGUGGUUAGAGAAUCAGAAGCGGCCAAGGUCCCAAAAGGGUUUAUCGAGGAGACAUCUGAGAAGGGUUUAGUGGUUUCGUGGUGCCCCCAAAUGGAGGUUUUGGCUCAUGAGGCGGUUGGAUGCUUCGUCACACAUUGCGGUUGGAACUCGACUUUGGAGGCAUUGAGUUUGGGGGUUCCGAUGGUGGCGUUGCCGCAGUGGAGUGACCAGCGUACGAAUGCCAAGUACAUUAUGGAUGUGUGGAAAGUCGGGGUUAGAGCUCCAACUGAUGAGAAAGGGGUUGUGAGACAAGAAGUAGUAGAACAAUGUAUAAGUGAAGUAAUGGAGGGGGAGAUAGGGGAAGAAAUACAGAAGAACGCCGCAAAAUGGAAAGAAUUGGCCCGAAAAGCAGUGGAUGAAGGCGGAAGCUCUGACAAAAACAUUGACGAGUUCAUUGCAAAACUGCAGAAUCAAAGCUAGUGCUAAAGUCCUACAAAAUCGAAUCGAAUAACUGUCUUGGUUUGUAGCAAAAGAAUCGAAUAUCUGUGCUGAUCUAACUCGACCUUAUAGGUCCCACCUCAUGUAAGAGUUGCACU